AUCCCAACUCAUGGGCCACGGCUCGCAUCAUGCGAGAGCGCGCUUGAACUGCCGUAACGGCGCAGCAGCUGUCUUAAUAGCUGUCAGUUUGUUGUGUUGUUGUAUUCUCAAGUUUGUAUUGAAAUUCAAAAACUUUGCCGAACAAAAAUUAUUAAGAGACCCUUUCGUCGGCCUAUUCACUUCUUAUUGCAUAACUCAGUAGCUUUAGAGGACGAACUAACAGGAGUAUCUAUCAAAUGGAAAUAUUUCAUUCUACUGCAAAUUAUUAUGUUAAUUAUGAUAAAGCAAGUGUAAUCAAACUUCUUUUUUAAAACUUGAAGAUGAUUAAUUACAGCGCAAGAUUAAAAUGGGCGAGGGAAAAAACUGGCGGGGCGCGUUACAUCUGCUUUUAUACUGGCUGCUGUAUGUAACAAGGCUCGAUCUGAUUUCUUGUAUACACGAAACGAGUUUAAUUAUAAAAGAGCAGACGAGCCUUCGACAAGGUUCUUCUUCGGAGAGCGAUAUUGGGACCACUUGGUUUUAUUUACUCGGAGUAUGGUGAUUUUUACCAGUUGAGUUGUGUGUUACUACUGUACUAAAAAGGAACACAGUUUUAUUUUUUCAAAACAAUGGAUUACUUUGUGGGUGUUGAUGUUGGCACUGGAAGUGUCCGAGCUGCUCUAGUUGAUUCGCUGGGUAAAAUUUUAGAGACUGCUGUAGAACCAACAGUGACAUAUAAUCCUCAAGCAUCAUUUUAUGAACAAUCAUCUGAUAAUAUAUGGACUUCAAUUUGUCAUGUGGUUAAGAAAGUUGUGGCUAGUGUUCCAAAACGUUCUAUAAAAGGAAUUGGUUUUGAUGCCACUUGUUCCCUUGUUGCUAUAGGAAAAAAUGGAUUACCUGUAACUGUUAGCCCUACUGGGCUUGAUGAUCAAAACAUAAUUUUAUGGAUGGAUCACAGGGCUUCUGAACAAGCCCAUUUUAUAAAUAAAUUAGGACAUAAAUUGCUCAAAUAUGUUGGAGGAAAGGUAUCUCUGGAGAUGGAAAUUCCAAAACUUUUAUGGUUGAAACAAAAUCUACCAGAAACUUGGAAAAGAACUGAACUAUUUUUUGAUUUACCUGAUUUUUUAACUUGGAAAGCUACCGGUUGUGAAUCAAGAUCAUUGUGCUCUUUGGUUUGUAAGUGGAACUAUAGCGCUGGACCAAAUAUCACUAAUAAUUGGUGUUUUGACUAUUUAGAAGAAAUAGGAUUAUCAGAUUUAGCAGCUGAUAAUUACAGAAAAAUAGGUCAAAUAGUUAAGUCUCCAGGGUCUCCUGUUGGUAAUGGAUUAUCAAGAAAAUCUGCUGAAGAAUUGAAUCUUUUAGAAGGUACACCAGUUGGUGCAUCCAUUAUAGAUGCCCAUGCAGGAGGUCUAGGUAUGCUUGGUUGCUCAGCAAAUGAUAUCUCUUCUGAUUUCACAACGAGAUUAGGUUUAAUUUGUGGCACAUCUACAUGUCAUAUGGCUGUGAGCAAAGAAGAAAUUUUUGUAAAUGGGGUUUGGGGUCCUUAUUAUGAUGCAAUGGUCCCUGGCUUUUGGUUGAAUGAAGGAGGUCAAAGUACAACUGGUAAACUAUUAGAUCAUGUGAUUGACAGCCAUCCAGCUACAUUAGAGAUUAAAAAAAAAUUGGGGCCAAAACAACAUGUGCAAGAGUACAUUUCAAAUCUUUUAAAAACGUUAGCUGAAAGUCAAAAGUUAAAUAAUGUAGCAUAUUUAACUAAAAAUCUUCAUGUGUGGCCUGAUUUUCAUGGAAAUCGUUCACCUUUAGCAGAUCCAUCAUUGCAUGGAAUGAUUUGUGGUCUCACCUUAUCAACUGAUGAAGAGAGUUUAGCAAAAUUAUAUUUAGCAACUAUGCAAUCAUUAACAUAUGGUACUAAACACAUAAUAGAAGCCUUGACAGCUGCUGGACACAAUAUAAAAUCGUUACUAAUAUGUGGAGGGUUGACUAAAAAUCACUUGUUUAUUCAAACCCAAGCUGAUGUGUUAGGAUUGCCAGUUUUGCUUCCAGCUGAAAAGGAAUCAGUUUUGCUGGGAUCAGCUAUUUUAGGAGCAUGUGCAGCACAAACAUUUUCAUCAGUCAAUGAUGCUAUAACAAAAAUGGGAGGUUCAGCUAUUGUUGUUCAUCCCAAUCCCGAAACAUUUUCAUAUCACGAAAAAAAGUAUCGAGUCUUCAAGAAAAUGGUCGAUGAUCAAAAUCAGUACAAAGAAUAUAUGAGGGAAACUUUAUAGUUUAAAAAAAGUUUUGUUUAUAAAAAAUCUAUAAUUCUUUAAAUGCCAGUGAAGUGUAUGAAAUGAAUCUCAAACUUUAAACUAUUAAAUGUUAUUUUAGUAACUAUAAUAAAGUAUAAAAUAUUUUUACAUAUUCAAUGAAGUAUAUUACAAAUAAAAAGUAUCAAAUUUAAAUUCUCUGUGUUGUAAUACUUAUUGCUUACAUAUCACUUUUUAAGAGGCACAAGUGUCAUUAAUAUCAUUUUACAAUCUCAACUCAUUAAUUAUUUUUAAGACUAAACUUUCAUUUUGAAGAUUAGAUUAAACCUAAUCACACAUUUUUAGUAAUAAGAAAAAUUUUACUUAAAUACAUCAUUAGGAGAAAUUUUGAUUUAUUAAAAUCGUCGCCCUGGAACAUACAGGUAUCACUUUAAGGUCAGAGGAAAGAGGUAUCUAUGUUCUAGGUAAAGAUAGGAAUUGAGCACUUUUUUGUCUCAGCGUUUAUUAAGAUAUUUUUAUGCUCCAGAGCGACGAAAUAUAAUAGAAUCUUGUUCAUUUAAAUAACAAUUGUUAUAUUACUUUGCUUUGGUCAUUUUUUGCGAGUUUUGAAAAAAUAAUUGACUUUUUUUGCAUCAUAAUAUUAGAAAGUAACAAUCAUCAUAAAAUGUAAUUAAUCUUCUUAUACUAUUGAAGAAAUAAAUAAAAAGUUAUCAGAUAUUAAU